GACAAAAUCAAUGAAUCAGAGAGGUGCUACUGGUAGUAGUGAUGGUGAAACAGCAAGGAUUACAGUCGAAUUCCUUGAAGUUGCCAUUAAUACAAUCGUUUUCCUUAAAGGGGUUUACCCAUCUGGUGCUUUCAAGAGAUGUCGUUAUAUGAAUGUUGUGGUUCAGAAAUCUCGGCAUCCCCAACUCAGAGAUUACAUCCAUUCCACUGUCCACAACCUUCGACCCUUUAUUCAAAAGGGCUUAGUCGAAAGGGUGGCAGUCAUUUUCUUUAACAAUGAUAAUAUCCCGUCAGAGAGAUUCGUGUUCAAGUUUACUGUCAGCAAUCUCUGUAGCUCUAGUGUUGAAGAAGGUAGCAUGGAGUCUUAUCUAAGGUCAUUCCUUGUCAAGCUGUCGGCUUCUGAGCCCCUCACUAAAGUUACCUCGAUGGACUGCAGGUGGGAGAUAGUUGGAUACUUUUCAACCCUGCCUGAAGAGGCCAUAGGAAGUGAAGAGGCAAAGUUGUGGACUUGUACGCACACCAAGCAGUGGCAGCAGCCUGCACUUAUAACUCCCAUCAAGUCAAUGAGUAGUGAACCCUUAAACAUGCAGUUAUAUCUGGAACACCCAAAUUUGUCUGAACAAAACUCUAGUUUGGUUAUCGAAGAUUCUCCGGAUAGAGUGACAUCAAGCUCUCCCUCAUUAGAUGGUUUUCAGCCUGUUCUGCGUGGUUUUAAGAAAUAAUAUGCUUUACAUGAGUUCAUUGUUGUAUUAUUUCUUCUACUUUGUUAUCGCUUUUUUUUUUUUUUUUUUUUUUUUUUUUUUUUUUGCCUGCUUCUCUUUUCAAGAGGUUCUGACUUUAUGUCCCCUCCUGUUUUUUCUUUUCUUUUAUUGUAUUAAUGAAUUCUCGUUGUGAGUUUAGUUUGAAUUGAAAGAACAAAACCCUGGUGAAAGAUAAACCUCCUCUGAUCCAUGAAGGUCUGAGCUGCAAGGGUAUACAAAGAACCAUACAGGGCACAUCAGGUUAGAAGCUUUAAAGCAAUGUAUUUAUUGCUUAGCGGCAAGAUGCAACCAAGUUCUUUCAAAGUGUGAACGAUUCUAGACCUGACUUAGUGAAGAUGCAGGUCUCUCCCCAUCCCUUUUUAUUGCACCUUGUAAUUUCGAAAGUUCGAGCGAUCAUCUUUAACUAUAAUCAAAUUGAGGGGUAUAUGUAUACCUGUAUGGGGAUUUCGUUUUCAAUUGUAAGAUCUGAUAUGCUUCCUGAUACUCAUAAGUAAAUGUAUAUAAGUGAUAAGAUGUUGGAUUUCUGGCA